AAAGCUGCAGAAAUCAAAGAUUCUCAAAUUGAUAGAGUGGGAAAAGCAAAAGACAACUUGAUUGUCCUUCAAGCAGAACUUGACAAAAUAUUAGUGACUUGCAACAACGUUUUGGCCAUUGAAGAUACUUUAGAUAGGAAUUCCGUAAUUAAAGCUGGUCGAGAAACACGAGCUGCUGAGUUCCAACAUUUCUUUGAAAAUCUAAACGAAAAAUACAAAAGUGUUGAUGAAUCCUUCAAAGAAAAGGAAGAUCAUCUGAAGUCUUACUACAAACAACUAGAAUCCAAACUUAAUCUAACUGCGAAGCCUCAGCAAUUAUCUGCUUAGCAAUAUCUUCUUCUCUAGAAACGGAAGCCUUUCAUAAGACCUUUACAGAUGGGAUGCCUGGAAAAUUCUCAGAUCCAAUUUAAGGUCCCUGUGACGCUCCUCAGGGAAAUCAAACAGGAUCUCAAACUUGAGACCUUGGAGAAUGCACCCCCUGUCAUAAAAAAGGCUUUGGAGUGUCCAGCAAAGGGGAAAAUCGUUUAUCUGGAGGAUUUGUCAUGGAUGCAUUCCAGAGUAUCGAAUAAAGCAUGUUUCCAUGAGUGGAUAGCUCAGUGUACUAUUUUGCUACCAAGAUUGAAGGAGGAGCCAAGGAAUCCUGAGUUAGAGGCCCGAUGUCAGAAGCUGAAAGCUGACCAGGCUGAUCGAGAGUAUCGAAGAAUGAUAAUGAAUGUAGAUAGUUCAAGAAAACCAUUCACUGAUGACUCAAUCGGAUCUCAGAUUCGACAGAUGAAUUCCCAGUUGAUUGCUGUUGCACAGUUUGUGUUUUCUGUUGCUGCUGGAUUCUUAUUUGGUUUCGUUGGCAUUGAGCUCUUUGUUGGCGAGCAGGAUACAGGUUUCAGGUUGUUGCUGGGUGUGAUUUGUGCACUCAUAAUCGCCCUAGCAGAAAUAUACUUUUUGGCCCAGCAAUUAGCAGAUGUUGUCACUCCUCCUGCACCACUGGCCCCUCCAGGUUCAAAAAUUCAUCGAGACUAGGUAUUUAGGAAUAUGAAUUUUGAAUUUUCUGUUAUUUUCAUUAAAAAGCUAGUGGGAGGUUAAGUAUUACAUUUUCAAUUUUAAGUCGCAGUAUAUUAAGCCCUAUGUCUAAUCAAAGCAACAGCUGACAAAAGUCCCCUUGGCUCAAGACUCAGAAUUGUAUAAAGAGGGUUGCUGUAUCAGCAUAUACAGAUAUGACAAUCCUUUGAUUUCCAUGUCUCCGUAUCCGAUAUGGCCACCUGAAUUGGAUUUAAAUUGCAUUUAAAUUGGAACUUUGGACUCAAAUCGCCCCGUGUCACUCUACAUUUGAGGGCCUCUCCAGUAUUAGCCGGGCAUCCCAGGCCAUGCUGUAACCUGUAAAUUUUCAGCCUGACCAUUGCUUCAAGAACUCUCCUCCACUACAAGUUGUAGAGGGGAAAUGCCGAGAACUGCCCCUAUUGCUAAGAAAUAUUGUAGUUUUCAAAAAUCAAAUGAUGGUGGCAAAACAGAUCUUAUUGCAUCAUAAUUGGAGAUGAUUUUUCAUUAAUUUGAUAUACAUAUACAUCUAAAAUGAUAUACUAUACUCAAAUCUGGCCAGCUUACAGCUGUUGCUGAAAUAAAUGGAUAAAUAUGGUAAACUGGAAACUUGUACAUUCUAAUUAUUUUUUUAUUUAUUUAUUUUUUUUUUUUUAUCUCUCUUGAAGUGAUAUAUUUUUGUUAGAUAAUUUUAUUAUUCUCCUUUUCUUUUACCUUUUUUCUCUUAAUUCAUCUUUGUCAAGAACCUGUGUAAAAUAUGUUGUGUUGUUAUGUUUUAUUUUUUUUUUUACAUCCAAAAUAAGAAAUAUGUUCAAUAAUUUUAAACCGUAAUAAAAAUGAUUUCAGUUUUGUCUAAAAGUUAUGUCCAUCAUUUACUUUUGAUCUUUCAUUGAGGCAUUAGCUGAGAGAUGGGGAUGUAACUGCAAAAAGAAUGUUUCACGAAAAACUUUUUGUAUGCUUGUAUUGUGGACACCGCAAACUUAAUGCCAGGGAGAAACCUAAGUUUAGUGAUCUUUUGCAGCAUAAUUGCCUCCUUUGUAAUCCACCCAGUCAUUAUUGCAGUAAUUUUAAUUUCCCAUCAUAAUGCAUGAGUUUUACAGUACAAUUGUAUUUAAAUAUUAGGUAUGCUAUGAGCUCUUUUUCCACCAAACAAAUAACAGAACAUAAACAGAAAAUUGCAGAAGAACCUUUGCCACUUGAUUAAUGAAAAAACUUUAGAGAUCAGUAUGGACUGUCCUCAUCUAUCAUAAUAAUCUCAUGGGGGAUCAAGACAGUUUUAGGCUUGUCAGUAGAUAUUCAUCUGGUUAUGAGCUUGAAGUUUGUAAAUGCCCUGAGACGUUUAUGCAGUUUUUUGACACACCUCUCUAUGUCUCUUUUCAGCAUGCUUUAAAAAAACCUGAUCACAAAGAAAACUGGUCUAAACUGUAAAUAAUUUAUUCGAAAAAUUUGAGAUCUUUAAUACUAGACUUUGAAUGUACAGUGGAUAUCGGAUAUAACGACAUCGGUUAUAACGACAUAUCGGGCAUAACGACGUAAACUGGUUGGUCCCGGCUGAAAUCCCAUUCAUUCAAUGUAUUUAUGUAUCGGUUAUAACGACAUCGCAUACAACGACAUAUCGGUCAUAGCGACGGAGUUUUCGCGCCCCAACAGAUGUGGUGAUCGGUUAUAACGACCUGAGCGACAGCAACAGAGGCCGAAGAGGAGAGGAUCUCGUUUCCAGACGCCCUAGAAGCCAUCACAACUGUUCAAAAAUUCCUAAUUUUGAACUCAGAAUGGAACGAUUCCACUUUGUCACACUUUACGCUCAGCCCAUAGAGCGUUACAAAAAGGGUACGCAAACACGAUUGUGAAGCAAAAAGAAAUCACGGACUAUUAUUCAAAUUAGAAGUUUUAUACUUCUUCGGCAUUGCGCAUAUGUAUUGCAAACAUAAUGUAGUGUGUAGUGCAUGUAUUCUCAAUAUUAUAAAAUACCUUGUUUUUACAAAUUCAAACAAA